CCUAGUAACUUUUAAUAACAAGUAGUUACGCAAAGUGAAUGUGUAUUUAAAUUCUGUAUACAUUUAAAAGCAAACAACAGCGAGGAAAUAAAGAGAUGACAUCAGAAAAUGCAGAAGAACUUGAUUCUGAAAAUGAUUCAGAAGAAACUGAUAAUAUAGAUGAAUUAUAUGGUGUUCGAGAUUGCACAAUUUUUUUAAUUGAUACAUCUCCUGAAAUGUUCAAUACAAAUGAGGAAGGAAUACCAUAUUUUGUAUCUUGUAUAGAGGACUAUAUUUAUAUUUUAAAACAAAAAUUAGUUUGGAACAGAAAAGAUUGGAUGGGUUUAGUACUUUUUGGUACAGAACAAUGGGAUAUGAAUCCAGAAAUAAGAAACAUUUUAACUCUACAGAAACUUUCUGUCAUCGAUAUAAAUAAGUUAAAAGAAGCUGAGAAAAUACGAGAUUCUAAAUGGAAGGAUUACGAAAGUAUGAGCUCCUCUACGAGUUAUCCUCUUCAAGAUGUAUUAUGGCAUGCAGCUCUAAAUUUUUCUUCAGUAAAUAUAACAAUGUCUGCGCGUAGAGUUAUAUUAUAUACAUGUCAUGAUGUUCCACCAUUGACUAAUGAAGAUGAAAAACACAAUAUCAGAGCUAAAGUAGCUACAUAUAGUGAUUUGGAUAUACUGCUGUAUGUUGUUGCUCAAGGAAAACAGUGGGAUGUUGAGCUCUUUUAUAAAGAUCUUGAGAUGCUAUCUAGAAAUAUUAGUAAAGAAGAUUACCAAAGGACUUCUUAUAAAGAUUUAUUGCAACAAGUAAAACGACCAUCUAGACAUAUGGCAAAGUUGCCUUGGAGACUUGGAAAAAAUGUCGUAAUAAAUGUAGAUAUAUCUAAUCUUUGUGUUGCAUCACAAAAUAUAAAAAGCAUAGUAAUGAGUUCUGAAACUAAUACACCUCUGGUUCCAAAUACAUAUCUCCGAAAAAAAGAAGAUUCUGAUGUCCAAAAGAAUGAAGAAGACGAAGACAAAAUUAUUAUGCCCUUACUGCAAGCAGAUGUGAGAAAAAUGAAAAAAUUAGGCGGAAGAGAAUUAUAUUUUACAUUAGAUGAGGUUAAAAGUUUUGAAAAUAUUUAUAAAAUGGGAAUAGAUUUACUUGGCGUAGAACCUUUGUUUUGUGAUCCGAUGUAUCACAUCCAUGCACCUUAUUUUAUUUCCUGUAAUAAAAAUUGUAGCGAAGGUGAAAAAUUAUUAUUUGCCGCUUUAUUAAAUAAAUGUGACCAAAGAAAGCUUAAAAUAACAUGUAGAGUAACUAUGAGAGAGAAUUCUGGAUCCUAUUUAUACUAUAUGAUACCAAUGCCCAAUGAAGGAGGAUUUUAUUUAUACAAAAUGCCAUACAAUGAAGAAGUAAAUGAUUUUACCGAAGAAAUGUAUACAUAUGCGUAUGACGAUAAGGAUAAAAAAGUUCCAAUUAAUCAUGAAGCGGUUGAAUUGUUCGAAAAAAUUAUUAAAAAAUCUACUCAAAUUUAUGAUCCAGAAAAGUAUCCAAAUCCUGCCUUACAAGUUAAAUUACAAAGCAUAGAAACAUUAGCUUUGGAUCUGGAUGUACGAGAUCCCCCAGAGGACCUCACACUUCCUGCAGAAGAUUUGCUUCAGGAAAGGAUAGGAGAUUUAACGAAACAAAUUAAUGAAUUAUUUAUAAAAGAAGAAGAGGAAUAUGAACCGCCAAAGAAAAAACGUAGAAACCCUAAAAAUUCUACUAAUAUAUCAUUUCUAAAUAUUCAAGACGAAGAUGUUCUGGAACUUAUAAACAAUAAUGAGUUGGAUAGAUGUAACGUAUCAGAUCUACGAAAAUUGUUGAGUCAUGCUAAAUUAUCCACAACUGGACGUAAAUCAGAACUCAUAGAACGACUUACAUCACAUUAUACAUAGGAAUAUAGAAAAAUAUUUAUAUUACAGCAUAAUCACAAAAUACGGAUUUUGAUUUGUAUCGAUAAUUUAAUCAAAUCGUUCAAUUUUUGUAUAUUUGUUUUAACAAACACUUUUUCUGUGAGAAAGUGUUACUUACAAUUCAGUGCAACAGUGGUAUUUGAUUAUUUGUUAUAUUCCUAUUGAUUUAUUGAAAAUAAUGUUUUUAUUUUAAGUUAUAUUUUUAUAAUUAUUAUCCUUUUACGUUAUAAUCUUAUAGUAAAAUUACGUAACAAAAUUACAUUUGUUAUAAAACAAAUGUAUACCGACGCUACAUCUUAUCAAACGUGAAUCGCUGCAAGAUGCAUGCUACCGUCAAAGGAUAUAAUAGGAGAUGCUGAAAAGCACCAAUUUUAUAUAUAUUAAUAUAAAUACUCUAAUCCAUACUAAUUAUAAGUCGAUUAUUAUGAGAAAACCUACAAGUUUAUACACGUUUAUACUUCUAUUUUAGAUAAAAGACGAACAAUAUGUUAUAAAUUUGAUAUUUUAACAUAAUUUUUGUAAAAUAGAAGGUAAUAAAAUGUUAAUAUUAAC